UGGUAAGAUUUGGACAAAUGUCCUGAUGCCCGGAGGAGGCUGACGGAACAAGGGGAUGAAAACGACUGAGAAGUUCCAGCUUCCUCGGCAUGUUCGACAUCUUGACCAGUCACCACCAACCGACUCUUCCAGCCGUCGCAAAAUCCAAACUUCUCCAAUUCUACAACUCGUCCAAAAGCGGCAUGGGCAUGCUCAGAAAGGUCAAAGAGCAGUCAAGACAAAGUGGCAAAGGAGAUGCUGAAGCCAGGUCGAGUUCGGGAAAUCGACUAGUUUCGACUGACCGAGUCCCCAAGCGGUCCAUGGACCUGCUGGAGCUGCAGGGUGUGAUCAAACCCCGGAACCGGCAGAGGAUCGUGGUGCUCGGCGGACCGAGAGUCGGCAAAAGCAGCAUCAUCAGGAGGUUUUUGGGGGAAGAAUUUGUGGAGACCUACGAGCCCACGAGUGAGGAUUUCCACCGGAAGCUUUUCCACGUCGGAGGCGAAGCGUAUCAAGUAGAUCUGCUGGACGCAGCCGGCGAGCGGAACUUCCCGGCGAAGCGCAGGCUCUCCAUCCUCACAGGCGACAUCUUUCUGCUGGUCUUCAGUCUGGAUGACAGAGAGUCGCUCAUCGAAGCCUGCGAUCUUCUCGCCGAAAUAAAAGAGGCAAAAGCGAAACUGCUCAAGAAAAGCCCCGUGGUACCGGUGGUGAUCUGUGGCAAUAAAGUGGACCAGCGGAGAGAGGUCAGCAGGUCAGAAGUGACGGCGCUUCUCGGUGAUGAAUCCGCCUACUACAUCGAGACUUCGGCGAGAGAUGGCAGCGGGCUGGACGGCGCGUUCAUGGAACUCGCGGUUGUCGGUGGGCUGCCCGUGGAGACCAGCCCUACUCUGCAUCAAGCCGUGUCCCUCCUGACCUACCACUCACUGUGCGUGAACACGCGCGGCCGGAGGAGGUGGAGCAGGACGCGGGGGCUCGGUGCGCCGUGCGCCGCGGUGGAUCCACUCGCGCGCAGGCCGAGUUUCACCAGCGACCUGAAGAUGGUGCUUGGAUCAAGUGCCAAACACAGCAAACCCGAGGGGUGUCAGAUUCAAUGA